UAUUCUCACAACUCACAACGCAAGCCGAUAGAGAGUAUCCCUUCAAUUCCGAAGAGCCGCUUUCAAAGGGAAUCUCCUCCGCCUGACUCUUCCUUUGCCUGGAAUACUUGGGAAUUUCCCUAGCUCAGAAUUCGGACAGAAGUUCUUUGCCUGAAGACUUUGCAUCAUUUCAGUCUAUUUUAUGAUCUCUGCCACUUCCAUCUACUGACAGAUCUGCAGGUGACAGACUCACUUUGCCCUUUCCAAUUUCUGAAAGAACUUUUUGGUGAUCUACUUUUUAUUUCCUUCAAUUACCUGAUCUAUUUCACUCUUUCAGAGCAGUUAUUGUGUGUGCUGUAAGCUUUCCUGAUAUAUGUGUAUCUGAAGCCUUAUUCUUUAUUAUAUUGCAUAAAAAUGCUCUUAGCUUACUGAUUUAGAAGCUAAAUUUAAGUAGGGAGGUGAAACUGAAAUACUUUUGAUUGGAAAUUUUUGACCGAAGUAUAACAGUAAUUGUCACCUUUUUGUGUCUUACAUUGACACUUAUUGCUAAACUUUUAAACUAUUAUCAUGGCAAUAACCAUGGCUGCAAGUGGAAUGCUUGUUCCUUCUCUAGCUGUCCCUGAGCAAACUGUGGCUCUUCAGAUUGGAACAUGCAGCCCAGCAGAAAUGUUAGACCGGGUCAGAAAGACGCAGGUAUAUAUCUUGUCUGGGAUUUCUAGACAGGUUGAGAGUGAGCUUAAAGGUUUUAAAAAGUCAGUGAUGAGGUUAAAUUCCAACAUGACUGAAGAAGCCGCAGCAGUGGGCAUACAAAGAUGGAAGCGUUCCAUAAAGGCUUGUUUAAUGAGGUGCCAGGAUACCCUGGUGAAUUUAGAAAGGUGGGUCAAGAGAGAAAUGAAUUCCUGGAGAGUGGUGUUUUCUAGUUUUGACAAAAUGGCCAGCAAAACAGACCAGGCUGUAUACAGGGCCAGUAAGGUGGAAGAAAAACCAAGAAGGUUUUUCCAAGGCUUUGGAUUUUUAAGUGAUAAAAAGAAGGAAGAAGAGUUAUCCCAAGACAUUGUAGACCCAUAUGCUCCCAGCCCAAAAAAGGAAUGUGAACCACACCAAUGGGUAGUGAUCUCAGUUGACGUUCUCUCCCCUCCAGAGUUUGAUGCCAAAAUGUCAGAAGAUCCCAGGGAGUUCAUCGUAAACCUGGAGAAAUAUUUCAAGCGCAGUGGUUGGGAUGAAAAGGUUUGGUUAUCACAGGUUGAUAAUCACUUGAAAGGAGCAGCUAAGAAAUGGUGGGAGUAUAGAAAGGAGACCAUAGACAGUUGGCAUGAUUUCAAAGUAGCAUUCUUACAGUAUUGUGAAAGGCUUUUGGUUAGAGAGGCCAUCAAACGGGACUUAGAUCUCCCUCAAAGACGCUGGGAGCCCUUAGAGCAGUUUGUAUGGAAGAAAAGGGCCCUGUACCACAGGCUUUAUGUAGAUGCCAACGAGGAAGAGAUGAUUCGCUAUAUAAUUAGCACCCUACACCCCGAGAUCAGGCGUUUCUUGAAGCCCCCAUUUCCCAAGACUGUGGAUGAGUUAGUUCAGAUGGGCAAUGAAAUUCAGUUUGAAUUUGAACAGUCAGAGAAACAAACCCUCAAGGCAGCUUACUCAGAUGAGCAAAUUAGUACCAAGCUGAAGGUGAUGGUCACAAAGGACCCUUAUGAUAGCAACAGUGUCUGUACUGAGAAAAUGUAAUUGAGGCGUAUAUGAUCCAGAAACAUGGAGGAACCUUCUAAAAGUUGAAACUUUAUCAACUUUGAAAGAAUCAAUUCCCGGCAAGUGAGUGAAAUUAAAGAAAAGUCUGAACUGAGUAUAAGCUUCAGAACCGUAACUGAAGUUAUAGGAGAGGGUAGAAAAAGCCGGAGUGUGUCUGUUUAAGGCAGAAGUUCAUAGUAAAACCUAAUAGCUUUAGGGAAAAAGUUACCGAUUCAGUUUCUCUCGACCCAUCUUUUUCAUUCUGAAACUUUAUUGCUGACAAUCUAUUUUCUCUGUUUUGCAGAAAGAGAAAGAAACAAUGAUGUGUAUUAAAGCUAACCAUCACUUACAGCUAAACAGAAAUAAUCAAACACGUCAUUAGGACUCGUUAAAUCUAUUUUCUGCUU